CGCCCUUGCAUUGACAUGCGACACAAACACACUUAAACAAGUUUUGUUUAGAAGUACUGAUGAAUUCACAAUGAACCAUAUUUUUCAGGCUGUGUGUCCAUUGUGUAGAAAAAUUAUACCAUGGUCUGUGAAGAAGUCAAUAUUUGAAAGAUCAGCCUGGGGGGUUCGAUGGUAUUCCAACGAAAAGAUCACGAAGAAUGCCAAGCUGGAUCUUUCACAGUUCCCUGCAGAAAAUAUACGGAAUUUCAGCAUCAUUGCCCAUGUGGAUCAUGGAAAGAGUACACUUGCAGAUCGUCUACUGGAGAUCACAGGUGUGAUACAGAAGACUGGCAGCAACAAGCAGGUGCUUGACCGCCUGCAGGUGGAGCGUGAGCGCGGGAUCACUGUGAAGGCCCAGACAGCCUCACUGUUCUACCAACACGAUGGAGUCACAUAUCUGCUUAACCUCAUUGAUACACCGGGCCAUGUGGACUUCAACUACGAGGUGUCCCGCUCCCUAGGAGCGUGUCAGGGAGUCUUGCUUCUAGUCGAUGCCAAUCAGGGCGUGCAGGCACAGACUGUGGCCAACUUCUACCUGGCGUUCGAAGCAAACAUGGUGAUUCUGCCAGUGCUGAACAAAAUCGACCUGAAGGGAGCCCAGCCGGAGGUGGUGCUGCAGCAGAUGAACAACCUGUUCGAGAUCCUGCCUUCUGACGUGCUGAAGAUAUCGGCCAAGUUGGGUACAGGUGUUGAAACGCUUCUCCAAGAGGUCAUACGUCGGAUUCCUCCACCGUCAUGUGACCCCCUCAAACCGCUGAAGGCGUUGCUGUUUGACUCGUGGUAUAACCAGUACAAGGGUGUGAUAGCCCACGUAGCCGUCUGUGACGGACACAUCAAGAGGGGAGACAAGAUAAAGUCUUGUCAUGGCCAGAAGACAUAUGAAGUCCAAGAUGUUGGAAUAAUGCACCCCAUGGAAGUUGCCACGUCAGCUCUCUAUGCGGGGCAGGUGGGCUUUGUGAUGGCCAACAUGCGGAACACGAAGGAGGCACAGGUUGGCGACACCUUCCACCUCGUUGACAGUCCUGUCGCCCCACUGCCGGGCUUCAAACCAGCCCGUGCCAUGGUGUAUGCAGGAGUGUAUCCCAGUGACCAGUCAGAAUACAGCGUUCUGCGGAACUCCAUAGAGAGGCUGACACUCAAUGACUCCAGUGUCUCCAUCCACAUUGACAGCAGUCCGGUACUGGGCCAGGGUUGGAGGCUGGGCUUUCUUGGGCUGCUGCACAUGGAGGUCUUCAACCAGAGACUUGAACAGGAAUACAACGCCUCCAUCAUCGUCACCGCACCAAAUGUUCCAUACAAGGUGAAGAUUUCUGGUGCCAAGAAUAUGAAAAAAUAUGGAGCCUCAGAAAUAACACUAUUGAAUCCUUGCCUGCUACCAGAUCCUGGAAUUAUUGAAGAUUUCCAGGAACCUGUUGUCACGGGAACCAUCCUGAUGCCAGACUCCUAUCUUGGCAGUGUCACGUCUUUGUGUAUGGACCGCCGUGGUGUGAUCAAGGACCAGACGUACAUCGAUGACAAGAGGAUCAUGAUGAAAGUAAAAUUCCCACUCAACGAGAUCCUUGUUGACUUCUUUGAUCAUCUCAAGUCUCUGACAUCAGGCUUUGCCAGUUUUGACUAUGAGGAUGCUGGAUAUGAGAGUUCAAGUCUCACAAAGGUGGACUUCCUGUUGAAUGGUAAGCCCGUGGAGGAGCUGGCGAUGAUCUGUCACUCCACCAAGGCCCGAACAAUGUCGAAGGGUGUGUGUGCCCGCCUCAAGGAGUCCAUCCCUCGUCAACUGUUCACCAUCACCAUCCAAGCAGCUGUUGGAAAACACAUACUAGCCAGAGAAGACAUCCGAGCCCUCAGGAAGGAUGUACUUGCUAAAUGUUAUGGCGGUGACAUUUCCAGGAAAAUGAAGUUGCUGAAGAAACAGGCAGAGGGGAAAAAACGAAUGCGGCAGAUUGGUAAUGUGGAGGUGCCUAAGGAUGCAUUCAUUAAUGCCUUGAAGAGGUAACACCUGCCACCUGUAGUACCUGUGACACUGACCACCUGCUGCAUAGGCAACUGGAGACAUUGGACAUCUUGACCACAUGGUGCAAAGGCAACUGGAGACAUUGGACCCCUUGACCACAUGCAGGAUAGGCAACAGGAGACAUUGGACAUCUUGACCACAUGGUGCAUAGGCAACUGGAGACAUUGGACCCCUUGACCACCUGGUGCAUAGGCAACUGGAGACAUUGGACCCCUUGACCACAUGCAGGAUAGGCAACAGGAGACAUUGGACAUCUUGACCACAUGGUGCAUAGGCAACU